AGACGAGGGAUUAUACUAUAAAAGUAUACCUUCAAUUCACUUCUUUAGGAAGUACCACACCUUAGGAAUUUUGCAACCCUUCUUUGAGUGCCGUCCUUCAAUAGAGCAAAAUGAACGGCCCAUCAUCAAAUUCUCCUAUUGUCAAAAGGCUGAAAGGAAAAGUUGCAAUAAUAACGGGGGGUGCAAGUGGGUUUGGAGAAGCCACAGCAAGAUUGUUCGUUCAACAUGGAGCAAAGGUCGUAAUUGCUGAUAUGCAAGACGAGAAAGGCCUUGCAUUAUGUAACGAAAUUAUUGCUUGCAACAAUCACGUAGACGUCACAGACAUAAUAUCUUACGUGCAUUGCAACGUCUCCGAUGAAACAGACGUAAAAAACCUCAUCGAUCAAACCAUAUCCAAGCACAAAAAACUCGACAUUAUGUUCAACAAUGCUGGAAUCCCCGGCGAUAUAAACCCUACAAUAGUUGGUUCGACAAGUGAAAAUUUCAAAAAAGUGUUUAAUAUUAAUGUUUUGGGUGGUUUCGUUGGAGCUAAGCAUGCUGCUAGGGUUAUGAUCCCGAAAAAAUCAGGAGUCAUUCUUUUUUCGGCCAGUAUAGCAUCGCUAAUAGCCGGAGAAUCCCCACAUGCAUACACGGUUUCUAAACAUGCAAUAGUUGGUCUAAUGAAAAACUUGUGUGUAGAAAUGGGACCGCACGGCAUAAGGGUCAAUGCUAUUUCGCCGUGCGGUAUUUCUACGCCAUUGCUAAGUAAUGCAUUAGGAGUUGAUAAAGAAAUAGUUGAUGGUUUAAUUUGUGAAUCAUCUGUGCUAAAAGGAGUUAAACCCGAGGCUUUAGAUGUUGCAAAUGCUGCAUUGUUUUUGGCUAGUGAUGAGGCUAAAUUUGUAAGUGGGGUCAAUUUUGUGGUUGACGGUGGGUAUAGUGUUACCAACCCUUCUUUCUCAAUGGCCGUAAACACAUUAUUUAUGGGUAAUUGAAUUUUUUAAUCGAGGUUAAGGAUAAAAAUCUUAUAGAGGUUAAGAUAAAGGAAAAUUAAUUUUUUCUGUUGGUGGUGAAAAUCGAAUUCUUGUUAUAAGGUUGAAUUUUUUUUUUUUUUUAAAUCAUUUAGCCUGCCCAUAAUUCUCAUUGUUAUCUUUAAUUAAGUGCAAUUAGGCAAUUUAAUUAUUGAGGCAAGUCUUAUUACAUAUACUACAAGAAAAAGAGAAGAAAUCAGGCCAUGGUUAUAUUUCCUAGUUUGUUUUGGGUUGUGUUUUUGUUUUACCUAAGCAUUUAGUUUUUGACAUUUAUAUUAUUUGUAUUAUUAUUUAUCAGAAAUUUUGUAAUGGUUGUCAAAGAAAUAUUAUAUUGAUAUAUAUUUAUA